UCGCACACUGCUGGAGUCGCACACGUGAAUGGCCUCUAUACUGACCUGACGAUGUAGCGUGAUGGGAACUGUAGCCUAGUCGUAGUCAGGAUCGACAGCCCAGCACACAUGCCAUCAGCGUUUGCCGUUACACAUUGGAGCGAGUGGAUGCAUGUUUUAUGCCCAUGCAAUAAGACAUCCUUGCUUUUUCGCGCAGUCAUGACCCGGCGCGUCUCUGACAGGCUUGAUGGGGUCGGUUCUUGCGGAGUCUCGUAUCCUCGGGCCAGACCAGAUAUUGCAAUGUCCAUGUUGCGCGAUGGUAUCCCUACAAUCGACGGCGGCACAGGCGUGCAUGAGCACAGCAACCCUUCUUACCUUGCUCUCCUUAACGACCACAGUAGGUCGAGAAAGACGGCUCUCUUUGCCAUGGUCUUCUUUGAUGCGCUUGCCGCCCCUCCAGGGCGGCCUGUUUCGAAAAGCCCACUUCUUGUUCUUCGCAUGGCAUCGUGCGCAGCGCUUCGAAUACGGAUAUGGGUGCGAGGGCGGAGGGGCGGAGUGGUGAGUCGGGAGUGGAUUGUCGCAGAGGGCUCGUGGACUUGUUUGAGGUGACCGUGUUUGUGAAGGCGAGGGAAUGGGCGUGGCAGGCUACGGCGGGCGGCAAAUACCUCCUCUGACGUUGUUGCGUCAAGAUAGGGAAGCGCACUUCA